CAUCUUGGAUUCUUCAUGGUGGGAAGAAAGGCGGGAAAGAGGCGCGUUGCAGACGCGCGCAGUUCCAACUCGUUGAAGAUCAGCUCAGGAUGGGAUGUGAGAAGAAAUUGUCAUUCUCUACUAUACAUUUGUGGAGUGGCAGUAGAGACUGCACGUUCUAGAGGACCACUAUGCGUUUACGGUACACAAGAAUCAGUAAUCAGUAUUGAAUCAGAAAUUGAAUCAGUAAUCCAACAGGAUUCGAGGGGAAACGCAGGAAUGGAGCCCCCACAAGAAUUUCCAUUUCCCUUCUCAGCGUACGGGAUCCAGAAGCGAUUUAUGAGCGAGCUCUAUGGUUGUUUGGAAGGUGGCAAGCUGGGCCUCUUUGAAAGCCCCACCGGGACGGGCAAGUCUUUGUCUCUCAUUUGCGGCGCGCUCAGAUGGCUGGUCGAUCGCGAGAUUUGGAGGAAGCAGGAGUUAACUUCGGCGAUGGCGGAGAUAGACGACAGAAUAAAGAGCUGCGAGAAGCCAUCGGAUAAUUGGUUCACGGUGCAGACGGAGCAGAUGAAGCUCAAUGCUGAGAAACAGCCGUUGCAGGCCGAGCUGAAUGCCCUGCUCGAGUACGAGGGCGAGAGAGAGAAGCUUAGGAAAAUGAUUGAGACACGAAAGACCACGCGAGCGAAAACGACUGGAAAGAUGAGGCAGCAACUUGCCAAAAAAGCUCUAGAGUCAAACAAGACGGAGGAAGCGAGCGCUGAUAUCUGUGACGUUGAGAAGGAUCUCCUCUUGGAGGAUGGAUUGUCAGACCCGGAAAACUCUGAGGAAGAGGAUGUGGACGAGCCGUUGUUUAAGAACACCAAGAUCUUCUUCUGCUCCAGGACGCACUCGCAGCUGACGCAGUUUGUCCAUGAAUUGAAAAGAUCCCCCUACUCUCAAGACGUUUCCGUAGUACCACUUUCGUCGAGGCAAAAUUACUGCAUCAACAAGAGUGUCAAGAGGUUGAAGCACGUCAGUCUGAUUAACGAAACCUGUCUUCAGCUGCAAAGAAAAAAGACCACUCUUAAGAAGGAAAAGGACCUGAAGAGAUCGAAAGUCGCAAGCGGCUGCCCCUUCGUACCGGGCGAUCAGAAACUACUGACGGCUGAGGUUCUGACAAGCAUUCAAGAUGUGGAGGAGAUAACGCAGAGAGGACAGGAAAGUAACACCUGUCCGUAUUACGGCUCGAGAAAAUCUCUGCGAAAUGGGCAAUUGAUAUUGGUGCCGUACAACUCUAUUCUUCACAAGAGCACCAGAGACAGUUUGGGAAUAGACUUGAAGGGAAAUGUAUUAAUAAUAGACGAAGCUCACAAUUUACUGGAUGCCAUCGAGGGAAUGCACAGUGCUGUAAUUACCGGGAGAAAUCUGCUCCACUGUUACAGUCAGCUGUCGCAAUAUCAGAAAAGAUUUGAGUCUUUGUUCUCUGCUAAAAGCGUGAUGUAUCUAGGCCAGCUGAGUUUCUGCUUGAAGAAACUUCUGACCCUCUUUGGAGCGACUGCGAAGUCUCGUCCCGGCGACGAAAUCGAUAAAACAAUGGCACCCAGAGUGUACAAGAUAGAAGAGUUCGAAGAGUUUACAGAGAUGGACACGAUAAACGUGUUCAAACUAUUGGAAUUUGUUAAAGCUUCGAAACUCAUUCAUAAACUACGAGGAUUUGUCGAGCAGUACGGCAAUAGCAUCAAGAUCAAUGAACAAAAGAUUAAGAAAUCUGGUGUAACAGAAUUUUUAAACUCUAUUAAAAGCAACGACGUAUCCCCCCAAGAAACUGUUAGCGUCGCGGAAACGUCGAGUGCCAACGAAGACCAGACGAGCAAUCCAUUGAUGGCAAUCUUGAGCUUCUUGGAGUGCUUAAAGAGCAGAUGCGAAGACGGUAGAAUAUACGUUUUACCUGGCACUACUGUCGGGCAAGGGAUUGUAAAAUUUCUAUUAUUAAACCCAGCAGCGCAUUUUUGCGAUAUCGUGCGAGAUGCUAGAUCUGUGGUACUAGCCGGUGGCACGAUGGAACCAAUGUCCGAGUUCAUAGAUCAACUGUUCUUGAUGGCGGGUGCAGCACCAGACAGAAUUAUGACAUUUUCAUGCGAUCAUGUGAUCCCCAAGGAAAAUAUUAUAUCCAACGUCGUAAUGCGCGGUCCGACUGGAGUGGAAUUUGAAUUUAACUUUCAUAAUCGACAAGAUAAAAAAUUGCUGGACGAAUUAGGUAGAGCGCUAUUAAAUUUAUGCAACAUUGUACCAGCUGGAAUAGUAGUAUUCUUUCCAUCUUACAACUAUGAAGAUACGGUAUUUAAGCAUUUAGAUAAAUCUGGUAUGAUAUCCAAAAUUUCUGCCAAGAAACGUAUCUAUCGCGAACCGAAAUUGGCAUCGCAGGUCAAUUUAGUAUUAGAUCAGUAUGCACAUUCCGUUAAGAAUCCACAACUUCCGUGUAAUGGAGCGUUGCUGUUCAGCGUAGUAGGUGGUAAAUUAAGCGAAGGUUUAAAUUUCUCUGACGAUUUGGGCCGAUGUGUUAUAGUCGUUGGCUUGCCCUAUCCCAACAUCAAGUCACCCGAGUUACAAGAGAAAAUGAAAUAUUUAAACGCACACGUUAAACCGGACGCCGGAAGUAGCUUUUACGAAAACUCUUGUAUGAAAGCAGUGAAUCAAUGCAUUGGCCGAUCCGUCCGUCACAUCAAUGAUUACUCAACGGUUGUGUUGUUAGACAAACGUUAUUGUCAUAAAGUCAAGGUGCUACCUCAAUGGAUUCAACGCUCCGUGACGAUCAACAAUUCAUUUGGACCUGUGAUUGGUAGCAUCGCAAAAUUUUUCGCAGCGAAAAAAUUGAUGAAAGAUAAACCUGUGAUAAAAACCGAGUAAUGCGUCGGUAGAUUAAUUAGAAAUUAAUAUGUUUAUUAAUAAUAAUAGCUGUAAUAAUUUUUUUAGUACCAGACCACUUGUGAUAAUUUAAUAAAAGUGCGUCUAAGGAUAUAUUUGUUUUUAGUAAAUACUUCACGAUUAUAGUAUCACGACGAACAUUUUCCGCGACAGACUCGUUGUUCUAAUGUAGAAAUGC